AUGCCGUCUAAAGCGUACGGAUGGGCUGCCCUCGCCGCCAAGGCGAAGCUGGUGCCCUUCACCUUCCAGCGCCGUGACGUCGGCCCUGACGAUGUGGAGAUCAAGAUAGCGUACUGCGGUGUGUGCCACAGCGACGUGCAUCAGGCCCGCGAUGAAUGGGACGGCUCUAUGUUCCCGAUGGUGCCUGGCCACGAGAUUGUUGGUCACGUGACGAAGGUGGGCUCAAAAGUAACCAAGUACAAGGCCGGCGACAGGGUUGGCGUGGGUUGCAUGGUGGACUCGUGCAUGAAGUGCCGCCAGUGCGAGCGCGGCCUGGAGCAGUAUUGCGUGAACGGCGCGUCGUUCACCUACAACAGCGUGGAGCAGGACAAGAAGACGCCGACCUUCGGAGGCUACUCCGACCACGUGGUGGUGUGCGAGCAUUUUGUUGUGUGCAUCCCGGAUAACCUCGACCUGUGCGCCGCGGCGCCGCUUCUCUGCGCUGGUGUCACGACGUACUCGCCACUGCGGUACUGGGGAGUGACGAAGGGCACCCGCGUGGGUGUGGUGGGACUGGGCGGUCUGGGUCACAUGACCGUGAAGCUGGCGAACGCGAUGGGUGCGGAAGUGACGGUGUUCACGCGCUCCUCGAACAAAGCUGAGGAGGCGAAAAGUCUCGGUGCGCACCACGUCGUCAACACGAACAACGAGCAGGAAAUGAAGUCGAUUCAGGGAACACUCGACGUGAUUGUGGACACGGUGGGCAUGAGCCACGACUUGCGCCCCUACAUGAUGACGCUGGACAUCGACGGCAAGCUUGCCCUGGUCGGCAUGCCAGAGCACGCGCACCCGCCGCUGGACCCCCGGCGCAUUAUCGCUUCGCGCCAGUGCGUUGGCGGGUCGAACAUUGCCGGCAUGCCUGAGACGCAAGAGCUGCUCAACUUCUGCGGUGAGCACAACAUCACCGCGACGGUGGAGAAGAUCAACAUCGAUUACAUCAACGAGGCCUACGAGCGUAUGAUGGCGAGCGAUGUGCGCUACCGCUUCGUUAUUGACAUGGCGUCUCUGCAAAAGGAGUAG